AUGCCGGGAUUGGAUCCAGAUAUCAUGCAACAUGCACUACCGACUAACCCGGAUAUACCGCCGAAGAAACAACGGUUGAGAAGGACAAAGCCUGAAUUGUCUAAAAAUAUUGAAGAUGAAGUAAUGAAGCUCCCGAAAGUCGAUUUCAUUGAAGUCACUCAUUACCCGAAUUGGAUAGCGAAUAUCGUCCCGGUGAUGAAGAAAGACGGGAGAGUCGGGGUGUGCGUUGAUUACCGUGAUCCGAAUAAGGCCAGCCCCAAAGAUGACUUCCCGCUUCCGCAUAUUGACGUGCUAGUUGACAAGACGGCUGGGUUUGAGCUUUUCUCCUUCAUGGAUGGUUUUUCAGUAUACGUCGAUGACAUGAUCGCGAAGUCAAGAUCAGGCGAAGACCAUGUUGCGAUUCUCCGCAAGCUAUUUGAGCGCCUACGUAAAUACCAGCCACGUCUCAAUCCCGUAAAGUGCAUAUUUGGGGUAAAGUCUGGGAAAUUAUUGGGCUUCAUGGUUAGUAGUAGGGGCAUCGAGAUUGAUCCGUCCAAGACCGCUUUCUUGAAGAUUCAGCAUUAUCCGACCCAUCCCCCUGUUCCGGUUCCACCUGUUCCCGGCAUGCCUCUAAUCUUUUAUCCGACCAUCCACAAGGAGUCCUUGGGAGCUGUAUUGGUGCAGAAAAGACCAUCGGAUGGAAACGAAUGUGCGAUAUACUAUCUUAGCAAGAAAUUCUCUGAUUCCGAAGCCAAUUACUUGGAAGUCGAGAAGACUUGCGUAGCUUUGAUUUGGAGCAUGACACAGAAGUCGGUGAAAGGUCGAGCAAAAGCAGACAUGUUAGCAGAGAAUGCUGCGGGACCGCAGGCUGGAGAUGAGAUAAACCCUCUUGAUGACCGUGUUUUACUGGUUGCUACGGAAAAGUGGAGCAUGUACUUCGACGGAGCCGUUAACUUAUCCGGAUCUGGCACAGGGGCGGUCCUUAUCUCUCCGGAUGGCCAACACUACCCAAGAGCCGCCAAGUUAUUGUUUCCGUGCACUAAUAACAUCACUAAAUACGAGGCCUGCAUUCUCGGGCUACUGGCUUCUGUAGAGAUGGAAAUUCGGAGAUUGCAAGUUUAUGGCGACUUUGCCCUCAUUAUCCUUCGGACGGAAGGUAAGUGGAAGACUCGUGACCCAAAGUUGAUCCCAUAUCACGAGUUUCUGGAAGAUAUAAUCGAAGAGUUCGAUGAGAUAGCGUUCGAGUAUCUUCCUAGAGCCCAGAACCGGUUCGUAGACGCGUUAGCCACCUUAUCCUCAAUGUUCCAAGUGACUGCAAGUUCGGACAUCGAGCCAUUGAGAAUCAAAAUCUUGAAGCAUUCCGCUUACUCCAUGCUAAUAGAAGAAGAGGCGGAUGGAGAGCCCCGGUAUCAAGAUAUUAAGGUUUACCUGCAGACCGGAGAGUUUCCUAAAGGUAGUGAAGCGGUUGCACUGAAAUAUCUAAUGAAACUAUCUUCAAAGUUUUUCCUCAGCGGCGAUACGUUGUACAAGAGGUCAUAUGACUCCGUUCUCCUAAGUGCUACCGGUGGAAACAGAGAUUCCAUCACUCGAGAUUCAUCACGAUUGAAACUACUCGAAGUAGAGUGGAUUCAACAGAGAUAUGAACAGUUGAAUAUGAUCGACGAGAAAAGAUUGCGGGCUAUCUAUCAUGGUCAGGUGUUACCGAAGCGUGUGGCAAAGUCGUUCAACCGUAAAGUUCGUCCCCAGCUUUUCGAGAUCGGUGACUUGGUGCUGAAGAAGAGAUUGACAUUUAUACCGCACUGCGGCGGCAAGUUCACACCAAACUAUGAAGGGCCAUAUCUGAUCAAGAAAGUCCUCCCUGUUGGCGCGUUGAUUUUAGCCGAGAUGGACGGCCAAGUCCGGUCGAGUCCCGUAAAUGCUGAUAUGGUGAAGAAGUAUUUUCCAUGA